AUGAACUUUUCCUCUGACAAUACUGAAGAAAACACUGCAUCAAGUCAAGGUAUUUCAUCACAUAGUAGUAGUCGAUCUUCAUCAAGAACAUCACAAAAGAGAAUGCGCGGUAGUCGUGUUGAUACUAAUGUUAUGGAAUUAGACUGCAGUUUUGAUCAUCUGAAUGAUGAAGAUAUCAAUCAAGUGCUGAUCACUGAUGACAUCAAGACAAUAAGCAGUUCGACUAGUGAAAAAAAACAGAAACUAUCAGAUAGUGAACUUAUUGAAAUAAUUGAUGAAUUUUUAUCAAUAGCAAAAGAAAAAUUGCAAGAAUUCGAUAUUAGCGAUGAAAAAUACAAUAACGGUGAUGAUGAACAAGUAAUUGACACUGUUCAACAGAACGCUUUAAGAGAAUCCGGAUUACAAAAAAAUGAAUUUCAGUCUGCAAUCAGCUGUCUAAACAGGGAAUAUAACGAUAUUCUUCCAUUGUUAAGAAAUAAUAGCGAUAAAGUUUUACAGCUACAACGUAUAAAACAAAAACUAGAAUGUGAAUUAAAACAUUGGCAAUCAUAUCUUCCUAUAUAUACAAGACGUUCGGAUAUUAUUGAAAAAUUGAAAAUAAAUCAAGUUUUGAUUUUAAAAGCUGAUAGUGGUUCAGGAAAGAGUACACAAAUUGUUCAAUAUCUGAGCGAUGCAAAUUUUGCUGAUGAAAAACAAAUUAUAUGUACGCAACCAUAUAAAUUAAUGGCACGAUCUUUAGCAGCACGAGUAGCUGAAGAAUAUGGAUGUAAGAUCGGUGAAGAAGUUGGUUUCCAAGUAGCCAGUGGUGAACCCAUCACUUCAAGUCGAACUAAAAUAAAAUUCGUUACUGAUACAGUCUUUCUCAAUGAAUAUCAAAACAGUCCAAUGUUAGAACAGUACUCAGUCGU